AUGGUGAAAAGCAGGAAUGCAAGAUGUAAAAUUCAUAGUGUUGUGGAUGCUUCGGGUAAUCGUCAUGAUGGAGAUGGAGUUGUGGAUGCGUUGGUUUCUCAUUAUUCAAACUUCUUGGGGGUAGAAUACCCGGUUGAAUCGGUGAACUUGGAGGAUGUCUUUACCAAUGUUCUCUCGGCUAAUGUUGCGGAUUACAUGGUUCGUCAGGUUACUCGUGAGGAGAUUAAGCAGGCCAUGUUCAGUAUUAGUGAAAAUAAAUCCCCAGGUCCUGAUGGGUACACAUCAGCCUUUUUUAAACAUGCGUGGGAUAUAGUGGGUGAGGAGGUCACUAAUGCGGUGUUGGAUUUCUUUGAUAAUGGUCAGCUGUUGAAACAAAUAAAUCACACGAUUCUGUCAUUGAUUCCAAAGAAAGAUACGGCGGAUUCAGUAUUGGACUAUCGUCCAAUUUCUUGUUGCAAUGUUCUGUACAAGUGCAUAAGUAAGAUUAUCACGGAGAGAAUAAAGGGUAGCCUGGAGUCGCUUGUGAGGAUUAACCAAUCCGCUUUUGUGCCGGGUAGGAAAAUUUCUGAUAAUAUCCUUCUCACUCAGGAGCUUAUGCACAACUACCAUCUCAAUAGAGGUCCCCCGAGAUGUGCCUUUAAGAUUGAUAUUCAGAAAGCAUAUGACACGGUGAAUUGGAGUUUUUUGGAGGUGGUGCUUCAGCGUUUUGGCUUUCAUAAUAAGAUGGUUAAGUGGAUCAUGACCUGUGUAACCACUGCUUCUUAUUCGGUCAGUAUUAAUGGUGAUAUCCAUGGAUAUUUCCCAGGAAAACGUGGCCUGCGCCAAGGGGAUCCCAUGUCGCCUUACUUAUUCACGCUUAUCAUGGAGGUGCUCUCUUUAUUGCUUCAAAAGGCGGCUGAAUCUUCGUUUAAAUAUCAUGCUCAUUGCACUAAGCAGAAAAUCAUUAACGUCUCAUUCGCGGAUGAUUUGUUUAUUUUUGUUAAUGGUGACAUCAGCUCGGUUAAGAAGGUUAAAAAUGCUCUUGAGUUGUUCACUAGUAUUUCCGGUUUAGUUCCGAGCCCUUCAAAGAGCACGGUAUUCUUGUGUAACGUCCCUCCAUCGGUUCGUCAACAGAUUCUGAGUGUAAUGCCCUUUCAACAAGGUGUUCUCCCUGUUCGGUAUCUUGGGGUUCCGCUUAUUACCACUAAGCUAAAUUUUAAGGAUUGUAAGAUCCUUGUUGAUCGGUUGGAGCAUAAAAUUACGAGCUGGAUGAAUAAAUCUUUGUCGUUUGCGGGUCGGCUUCAACUGAUAAAUUCGGUCCUCUCCUCUAUGCAUAUAUACUGGGCGUCCGUCUUUAUAAUUCCUGUUCGUAUCAUUCAUGAUCUUGAGAAAAGAAUCCGAAGAUUUUUAUGGAAUGCGGGAACUGAUGGUAGAGUUCGAGCGAAAGUGGCUUGGAAAGACGUUUGUUUACCCAAAAAGGAAGGUGGAUUAGGCAUUCGAAGUAUUGCUGAUGUCAAUAAAGCUUUGAUCACCAAUCAUAUAUGGAGUAUUAUUACCAAACGGAAAUCUUUAUGGGUCAAUUGGCUUCACUCAUAUAAGCUGAAAGGAAAGUCUUUUUGGGAUAUUCCGAGUCGUGGAAGCAUGAGCUGGGGAUGGAGGAAAAUUCUCUCCAUUCGCGAGCUGGUUCGUCCUCAUGUCUGGUUUUCUAUUCGGAGUGGGUCUCAAACAAAUGCGUGGAGCGAUAAUUGGUGUGAAUGCAGCCCGCUCAGAUCGUUUAUUACGCCGAGGCACAUUGCCAAUGCAGGUUUUAACCUUCAGUCUUGUGUUGCGGAUCUGAUUGAUGAUCAUUCUCAAUGGAAAUGGCCUCAAGCUUGGAAUGAUUUAUACCCGGUUUUAAUUAACUUACCUGUUCCGAUUCUAGAGCAAAAUAUGGAGGAUAGACUUAGUUGGAAGGACCUGGAAGGAAACACCUGUAGCUUCGGAUCCGGGGUGGUGUGGGAUUCAAUACGCAACAGGGAUGGUAUCGUUUCGUGGGCAAACAUGGUUUGGUUCACUCAAUGUAUCCCGAGACAUUUGUUUCAUAUGUGGCUUGUUUGCAAAGAUAAGCUAAAGACGCAAGACAGAUUGGCUGCCUGGGAAGCAGGAAGCGAAACUAACUUAAGGUUAAUGUGUUGUCCUCUUUGUAGGUACGGCCGGGACUCGCGUGAUCAUCUCUUCUUUCAAUGUUCUUUCGCGUCUAAAAUUUGGAACAGUGUGAAGACAAUGGUGGAUUUGGAUAGUGUAACUGACAAUUGGAGUUCUAUUAUGAUAUGGAUGGCUCAAUAUGCUGAGUCGAAGAAGUUGGUUCAUGUUAUUUGCAAGAUUCUUAUAGCAGCAUCUUCGUACUUUGUUUGGCAAGAGAGAAAUAAUCGCUUAUUCUCUAAAAAUUGCCGAACUCCCGAACAGGUGGCGCAGGUGAUUGUUCAUACGGUCCGGUUAAAAGUGAUGGGGUUCAAAGAGGACAACAAUCCGGUGAACAGAAGAGUUUUAGAGAAAUGGAAGAUCCCCACAGAGAAUCAAGUUAAUGAUCCAGUGGCAAAGGGUUUCACUCAACUCGAAGAGGUUGAUUAUCAUGAUAGAUUUACACCAGUUGCAAAGUUGGUUACUAUUCGUACCUUGUUGGCCGAGGCUGUGAAAAGAAAUUGGAUGAUUCAACAACUUGACGUGAAUAACGCCUUCUUGCAUGGGGAUUUAGAGGAAGAAGUCUACAUGAAGAUUCCAGAUGGUUUUGCUAAACAGGGGGAAGCUCAUGUUUGCAGAUUAAGAAAAUCGAUUUAUGGUUUGAAACAGGCGUCACGUAAUUGGUAUCAAAAGUUCACAAAAGCUCUCAUUGAGCUUGGGUUCAGACAGUCAAAGGAAGAUUAUUCUCUGUUCAUUUAUAAGUCAGAAAGGUCCUAUGUAGCUGCGCUUAUAUAUGUUGAUGAUGUAGUCAUAGUUGGAAACGACUCUGUAAAAAUACAACACACUAAAGAUCAGCUCGACGAGAUGUUCAGCGUCAAAUACAUGGGUCCGUUAAAAUAG